AUGGAGUCUUAUGAGCUGCGCCAGACUGGCGAGAAGGGUUUCGAGGAAAAUAAUGGAGCAUUCUAUGGCAACUCGCGCAACAGAAGCGACAAGGAGAUCAACCACGAUGCCACUGGCAUGCACUCUGGUACUGAAGCAGACGCGGUCGAUAUGGCUCGUCUCGGACGCACCCAGGAGCUCCGUCGUAACUUCAAGUCGCUAUCAGUCCUCGGCUUGAGUGUAACGACCAUGGCGACUUGGUCAGCUCUGUUGUUGACGAAUUUCUUCGUCAUGGUCAAUGGUGGUUUGGCAGGCGCAGUCUGGACGUAUCUUGCAUCGUGGAUCUUCACAUUCGCUCUCGCAGCAUCACUCGCUGAGAUGGCUUCUAUGGCUCCAACAUCUGGCGGGCAAUAUCAUUGGGUCUCAGAGUUUGCGCCUCGGUCACAGCAACGAUUCCUCAGUUACAUCACCGGAUGGCUCGCAGCACUGGGCUGGCAAGCUUUGAUCGCAACUACUGCAUACUCAGCCGCUGUACUGAUCCUGGUGAUGGCAUCCAUCUACCACGAGAACUAUGUACCUCAGAACUGGCAUCAAUCUCUCCUCAUGAUAUUGAUUGGUAUACUUGCAACCUGCAUGAAUACAUUCGGCGCUAAGCGACUACCGCUUCUGGAGGGUUUAAUCUUCAUAUUGCACAUCUUCGGCUGGUUCGCGAUCAUCAUUGUCUUGUGGGUGUUGGCACCGAAGACAACCUCAAAGGAUGUAUUCGGCACAUUUUCGAACUUUGGUGGAUGGUCUAGCAUUGGUACCGCGUGUUAUGUCGGGUCAAUCACGGCUACUGGAUCCUUUGCUGGAUCUGAUGCAGCUGCGCAUUUGAGUGAAGAGACUCGAGACGCCAGCAAGUCGGUGCCACGCAUGAUCGUCGGAACUGUCCUGAUCAAUGGCGCUAUGGGCCUCGUCUUCAUCAUCACCUACUGCUAUUGUAUCACCAACAUUGAGGCUCUCGUCAACUCAACUUCACCAUUCCCAUUCAUCGAUGUCUUCUUGGCCACCACGAACAGCAAGGUCGGUACUGUCUGCCUGAUCGUCAUUCCAAUGGUUCUCAGUGUCUGUACCUGCUUGAACGCACUCGCUGCGGCCUCACGCCAAGCAUGGGCACUGUCUCGUGAUAACGCUUUACCAUUCUCACCUUGGUUUCGAAAGGUCGUUGUCAUCGGUACACCAAUCCCAGUCAACUCGAUCAUGUUCUCGCUCGGCAUUUUGGUUAUCAUUGCAUUGAUCAACAUCGGGUCGACGGCAGCUCUCAACACCAUCUUCGCCCUCCUCACAGGCGCCACUAGCUUUUCCUACGCCCUCUCGAUCAGCUGUGUCAUGAUCAAGCGUCUUCGCCGUGAGCCUCUACCACCAGCUCGCUUCUCGCUGGGCAAGUUCGGCACACCCAUCAACAUGUUCGCCGUGGCCUACGUUAUUGUGGCCGCCAUAGCAAGCUUCUUCCCGGUCUUCAACGACCCCACGGCGACAUCUAUGAACUGGUCGAUACUGAUGUUUGGUGGCGUGUUCCUGAUUGCAGUCUUGGACUACGCUGUCCGAGGACGAAAGCAUUACGUGUCGCCUGUACAGCACGUCCACAAAAUGUAG